UUGGUCUCGAACUCGUAAAUUUACGAGUUUAAUCUCGAAAUUUAAAAAGAAAAUGUUUUUUAAUGUGGCCCUAAUUCUCCGUCGUAGGGGAAUUGUGUUCUUUAUUACUGAUUUUUUUUUUAAUAUAGCCUAGGCCUAUUUUGAAUGUAGUAACAAUCCGAUGUGGGAACAUUAAGGUUACGCUAGUAAAAGUAGAGUUUUACAAACGAAUCUUUGAUGUCAUAGUAUAAAAAUAGGACGUUUAGCUAAGUGUUACCCUCCAGCUGGGCUGACUCUCACACGCGAACUACAAGUCCCAGAGAACAACGGGGCCCUCAGUACCGUCCGUAUCCAGGAAGUCGAAUGUGGUUGUCAAGCAAACUUAUGCUGGCAAGAAAAGAGCUCCUUGACUGAAAAAAUGUACAUACUUUCUUUUUUGUCUACAGUUUCUUGCAACAGGUAGCUGUAAAGAUGAGUUGCUGUCUCGGAUCUGUGUCCCAGGGGGUCCGACCUGGUACAGCACGGGUCCAAGUGACUGAGCUCAGUGGAUCAGGCAACAUCAACCCAACUCCUGCCACCAAACCAUUUGAGGACUAUGAAUCAGCAGUUGAUGUUUACCUCACUCCAGAGAGGCUGGAAUGGUUGUGUGGAACUCAGGACCUCUGUCGCGUGACCUCGCUAGAGCUCUGCAUAAACACACAAGAAAACCCACUAGGCAACUUUGGUGUCUACUUGCCCAAGCUGGUGCAGCUGAAUAUGAACAACAGCGUGAUUAUGUCAGUAAGAGACCUGGGAACCACCCUCUCCCACCUGCAGGUGCUGUGGAUGUUCCGCUGCUCCCUACAAGACUUAGAUGGAAUUCCUUCUUUCUCCGCCCUAAAGGAGUUGUACGUGGCCUAUAACAAUGUGUCAGAUCUGAGCCCGGUCGGGAUGCUGGAGAACCUGCAGCUGUUAGAUUUGGAAGGGAACAAUGUGGAUGACCUCGUCCAGAUUCAGUAUCUGGGGUUGUGCGGCAAACUCGAGAGACUCACACUGGAGGGAAACCCUUUGUGUGUUCGCCCUUACCCCACUGCCAUCCAGACGGCAGAUUAUAGUUAUCGGGCUGCAGUGAGGGACUUGAUCCCUCAGCUGCGUUACCUUGACAAUUUAACGGUGGAGGAGGAGGGGCGUAGCUGCACCAGCACCAUGGGAGAAGAGUGGACCAUUCUCCGAAACUCCAUCAGAGACUUACAUUCUUUUCAGGCUGCUGCUGAUGACGAACCAGCAGACAGUGCAGGUUCUCACAGCAGACCCAGCUCAGCCCGACGCGCUGCUUCCAGCCUCUCCUGUGUCCACCCCUUGUCCUCAGCCAGCUCCAGACCUCUCACUGGCUCUAGACCCAUGUCAGCAACCAAGCUCAGUGUUCUCUCCCCUCCUGGAUCCAGACCCAGUUCUGCAGACUCCGAUCUAGCAACAGUGGAAGCAGAAACCAGCACCCUGAUACAUGGAGCUGGCAAAAUCCUGUUCUGUGGAAACCCUGUUCAGGCUAUUCGAGCGAGGCGGGAAAAAUUAAAGACAGCACCCACCAGGUCUACUUUUACCCCUCAUAACCUGCCCAUCCAUGUACCAGAACACACGUACGACCUUGAGGAGCCAGAUGAUGGAGGACGGGAUGAUGUGUUUGCUAUGCUGAGAGCUUGGAGGGAGCAGCACAGCAGUCGUCUCCAGGCUAUAGAGACGGAAAGACAACCACAGGUCCUGGCUAUCCAGUACAGUGAUGAAGAAGAGGGCGGAGAUAAUGAUGAUGAAGAAGGAUUUGGUGGUAGAGGGAGUGGAGAAGGACAUGGGGAGAAGACACAAGAUGACAGCCAAGAUACUGUCUCUCUAGAUUCCUCUUUCCAGUCUCUCUCCCCAGACCUUCAUCACAGAGAGGCCUUAUCUCCUGACAUGGCUCGAUUGUCCCUGUCUCUGGACACAACGCUGUCCCCAUCUCCCCCUCUGUGUGCUACAGGGACCACCUGUAAUCACAAGGCACCAGGGAUCCGUGCACGUAGGCUUCGACUUCAUAAGACCAAAUCAGAACACUUAUCUCAUUUCAGUGGAGCAGGGGACUUCUCUGAAACAGACGAGACCAGGACCGAUGUGCCUCUGUUGCCCUCACCUGUACACAAACCACGCCCACCAACAACAACUGCCCUGGGUGAAGGGCUCACUGGUUUAUGUGCAGAGAUGGAAGAGCCCGGCUUACAGACUGGCAACAAACAUUUUCAAACUCCCAUGAAGUCCAAACUCCCGGAUAGGCCGGCGAUAACUCGUCCUCAUACAGCCAGAGCAGCCCUGCAGAAACAUCACAAGCACCACACACUCCAGCCCAGCAGAGGGAGCUCACACCCAGACUGACACCACAGGAACAACACUCACUCCAUACUUUGAGAUGUUUUUUUUUUUUUUAAAUCUGGAAAAUAUUGUAGUAGUUCCACUCAAAAAAGAACUCAUAACUCAAAGUGCUUGAACUGUAUUAGCAGCACAGUUUGAGGACUCACAAAUAAUUCAUCUCAGCUGCAAGUUUACCAUUGUCUGUUUUCGCUGCUGAAUAUUGAACAGGAGGUGAACAUAGAUAGAUAUGUCAUGUUUGUGUCAGGUUGAAUUAUUCAGGUUUUUUUACUUUUAUGCUACCUUGUGUUUUAUCUAUAAAAAAAACAACCGAAGAGUCCCGUUUAUUAAUACAGGCUGUACAGUGAAUCAAAAUGUAAUGGUUUAUUUGACAGCUGACUGUGAUUGUCCUGAUAUUUUACAGUGUAAUAGUCUUAUCUAGCCACUGGAGGGCGCUAUCUGAAAACAUGAAAUCAAAUAUUCAAAUGAUUGAUUUGAUCACCCGAGCAAAAAAAAAGCUUCCCUUGUAGUCCAUGUAUUAAUCCUUUUUUUGCCCUUUGUUUACAUUUAAAGAACAAUUUACAGUCUUAUUUACAAUGUAAUAACAUGAGAGUUUAGAACGCAAGCUUUGGCCCCUGAUGCUUCUAAUACAGGGAGACAGCCUGUAAUACUUUCUUUAAGCUCCUUUCAAAAGUUUUUAUCUGGUUAUGAAAACAGGCUGAUAUUAAAACUGAUGCCAACCGAUAAAACAAACAAGAACAUUAUUGGGAAGAUUAUUUCUAGUUAUUAUUAUUAUUGCCUGUUACUGUUGUUAUCCUGGGUAGGGGUCAGAUGAAGAGAUUAUAGUAUGCUGUCAUACGGCAUUAUUAAUUGUAUUUGGUAAUUUUUUUUCGUGGCAAUGUUUCAGAGUAUGUUGUUUAUUUGACUCUUAGAAGAGAGCAGAAUUAGAAAACACUAACACUACAUGUACAGGACAGGAUCGGCAAAGAGAUAAAACAUAGGACUUUGUCUGCAGGGGUCCCCAAAAUCAACACAAACUAAAAGUUCCUGACAGGCGCUCUAAGAGCUUGUAAAACUGAGUGUAGUUUU